GGGCCAGAGUUGUACUGAAAAAAAACACAAGGAAUACACAAAGGGGGACACUCAGUGAUGCUCAGUGAUGCCCAUGGCUUUCCUUUGCACUCUCCGUCCAAACUUUCCCUCCACGAGAAUGACCAUAACGCCGCGCUCUGUCCUCACCAGGGAGUCCAGGAUGGGUGUUCAGUACGAGCUGAAGCAAGGGCAGUCCCGUCUUUUCCACAAGCUCCCUUCUGGUUUGGCCAUGGAGGUUAUCUUUCAGAAGGGUUUUGAUCUCAGAAACCCAGAUGAGGGAAGAGAGAGAUUUGCAAAGCCACCGUUAGUAUUCAUCCAUGGAAGCUUUCACGCUGCUUGGUGUUGGGCUGAAUACUGGUUGCCUUUCUUUUCGCAAAAUGGGUUCGAUUGCUAUGCACUCAGCUUGUUGGGUCAGGGUGAAAGCGAGGCGCCUGAUGGUCCUGUUGCAGGUUUGCUUGAGACACAUGCAGCUGAUGUUGCUGAUUUCAUCAGCAAAGAAAUCAGGCUGCCACCAGUUUUACUUGGACAUUCAUUUGGAGGGCUUAUUGUUCAAUAUUACAUCGCAAACAUAAGGGGUGAGCAAAUUUCAGAAAUGAGAAGCUUGCACCCAGAUCUUGCUGGAGCUGUACUUAUUUGCUCUGUGCCCCCUUCUGGAAAUAGUGGAUUAGUGUGGCGAUAUCUCUUCUCCAAGCCUAUAGCUGCUUUUAAGGUGACACGCAGCCUAGCAGCCAAAGCUUUCCAAACUUCUCUGCCUCUUUGUAAGGAAACAUUUUUCUCUGCAGAAAUAGAGGCUGAUCUUGUCGAACGCUAUCAAAAACUAAUGAAAGAGAGCUCCAGGAUGCCAUUGUUUGAUCUAAGGAAGCUUAAUGCAUCACUCCCAGUUCCCUCGGUGCCGAAAUCUUCCAUUGAAGUUCUUGUACUGGGUGCGAAGGAUGACUUCAUAGUGGAUGCUGAAGGACUCGAUGAAACAGGCAGGUUUUAUGGAGUUUUACCGGUCUGUAUCGAAGGGGUUGCCCAUGACAUGAUGCUGGAUUGUUCGUGGGAAAAGGGUGCAGUGGCAAUCUGGUCGUGGCUGCGUGGUUUAAACAGACAGGAGAAGAUAUGACUAAGGACGACGUUUCCAGCUAAAAUUUUGCAUCGUAGUCCCGGGAUUUCCAACUUGCUUCCUCAAAUUGCUCAUAUGUUCCCAAGACAAUAAUUUUUCCUAGGGCUUAAAAGGAGAUCGAGCAGAUCUGUGGAAAGUCGACAAAACCAGAACACUGCUGCUACUUACUACUGGACGAGCUGCUGUCUCUGUACUGAACUCCCUUGUUGCUAACUUGGUAUGUUAUUUCGUUAGAUGCCACUUCUUGCAAGUUUUUUCCAAGUUAUGGCUUCAGUUUUUACUUUUUAGGCAGUAGUAUUGUUUCAGCAGCUACUACUACUUACAGUUUUGAAUAAGUAACUGUCAAGUUUCUUUCA